AUGGAUAAAAAGGAUUGCAGAAUAUACUACAGUUGCCAGGACAAAAUUCACCAAUUCGGUGUAGGUUUUGUCAUGAGCAAAAGACUAAGAAAUACGGUCAUCGACUUCCAGGCUAUUAGCAUGAGACUCUGUAAAAUCAGGCUAAAAGGAAAACAUUACAAUACCACCUUAAUCUGUGCUCAUGCACCAACUGAAGAAAAAGAUGCUUCUGAAAAAGAUAUCUUCUAUGACCUGUUGAUGAGAAGCAUUAACUCGUGCCCAGCACAAGACAUGAAGAUCGUUAUCGGAGACUUCAACGCUAAAAUUGGAAAAGAGCAACAUAGAUACCACGCUGGCGCUGACAGCCUGCACUACUACACCAGUGAAAAUGGACAGAGACUCUUUGAUCUUGCAGUCUCAGAGAAUUUGUUUAUUUCUAGCACAGCAUUCCCACAUAACGAAGUCCACAAACACACCUGUCGAUCCCCAGAUGGAUCUACACAUAAUCAAAUUGACCAUCUACUUGUGGACAAGAGACACCGCAGCAAUGUACUUGAUGUGAGAAGCUGCAGGAGUGCAAAUGUAGAUACAGACCAUGUACUCGUCGUGUCCAAAGUGAGACUUCGACUCUGUAAAAGUUUUUAUCAAAAGAAGGAAAACAAGGACUUUAAACUUGACAUUUCUAAACUGAAAAACGAUGAAAUUCUUAAAGAGUAUAACAUCAAGCUAUCCAACCGACUUUCUGAAGAAAAAGGAAGACCGAACAUUGUUUUUAACUGGAAUACGAUAAAAGACAUUGUCUUGAAAUCUGCAAGUGAUACUAUUGAUAAGCAAGUGAUCUGCAAGUGA